AUGUGGACGGUCUAUCACCGGAAUACCCGACGCCAAACGGCUGAGGCUGGCAACAGCGGUAAGGAGGCCUCCAAGUCGCUCGACCUCAGCUCUUUGCGCCUCUGCACGUCUGCACGAGUGUCAGUUGGGAGACCGCGAGCACUGCUUCGUCUGCGCGCCAUCGCCGUACUGCUCCUUGUCGUGCCACUGAUACUGUUAACAGGCCUUUACCACGUCACCAUCAAUGACGAGGUGUACUUGAAUGAGGCAGAACAGCCGCCCCUCCCAGAAGCCAAAGCGCUUGAAGUGCUGCACAAAAGCGAUGUGCACGUCUCUCUCAUCAUGCCUCUCCUAAUAGAGGGCAAUGCAAGCGCACUCGCGCCAGACAGUGCGUCCCUGGCUGACCUUCUCGGUCCCCUGAUGCAAUCUGAGGAGGCCCUUUGCUAUCACAGUGGCGACCACAGCACACAGGCUCUUGUUAACCCGGUACACGCGGUGGUCAUAAGCAGAACUGCUGCAGCUUCCCCCGCUCUUGCUGCCGCGAUACGCAGCGUUCUGCCCGAUGGGGUGUCGCAAAGUGGAGACGUGCUUCCACAAGGCACCCCUUUUGGCAAGCUGACGCCUGCGCAGUCGUGGCGCGCGUGGGAGCUGAGCACGGACGCUGUGCGUGCGGCCCUUCGCGGUGCCACGAACGGCACUGCGCUGUGCUUUGGCGACCGCUUGACACUGGUGGCUCCGGUAGCAUCCCUGCCAGACACAACGCUGGAGGUGCUGGUGGACACUGCGCUGAGAACGCGUGGUGGCCGCACUGGGUCGCACUUCGUUGUUUUGCCAUCAUUCCUUGGCGCGACUCGGAUGCCGUACACUGAGCCCGGUGACGCGCUGGAGACGCGCCACGAGGGCACGGGGCUCCUAGACGCGCUUGUAAGAACGGCAACACAGCGCAACGGCGGCCGCGUCGCAGCUGCGCAGUGUACUAUACUGCAGCACAGCGGCAACAGUAGUGGCUGGCACUACCCGUUACCGCGGCUCACGACAGAUGAGCUUAGCUCACUCCGUGUUGUGGACAAGGGUGGGCUGACGGGAACCACACACAACGGCGGGGUGCUGCUGCCAUACCUGACACGGCGGCUGAGCGGGUACAGCGCUGCAGACCAGCGCGCGUCGUGGGAGGAGGUGGUGGACGCUGUGUCGCUGCACUGCAGUAUAUUCAGCCGCCGUCUAUACGAUGCCGUUGGUGGGCUUGCGGGCGCACUGUCGAGCCCCGCUGUGACGGACACUGUGAGUGUGCUUGAGGACCACGCGAUGGGGGCUGCGGACCGUGGUGGGUGGGCGCUGUCGCUGCGGAUGCAGCAGGUGUACCCUGCAUGGCAGGUGUGGGGAAGUCGCGCUGCCGCUGUGGUGCGCAAUGAUGUUGACGGGGUACGGGAGCUCCCUUCUGUUGUUUCACUGCAGCGGCCUCUCUUUUCGCUGUUGGACCGGUACGGCCACUCACAGUAUAACGUGCUGACGGAGCUGCAGCGCCGCCGCAUGGGAGUGCCGUGGCGUCUUCGUGGUGAAGAUCCGCAGCGUUCUGAAAAGUGGACUACUGCGGAACAGAAGUGUCUCCCACCGGUAAUGAGGUACCACAUGGACUCCUCCGCUCCCUGCGUUGGGCUAAACAUCGAGGCGAUGGCAUACAUCCGUCCGCUGAUGGAGCGCUAUGGGAUCGGUGUAAUAGGUAACCACCGGCCAUGUCCGAAAUCCGGUGAUGCGCUCCUUCAACUUGCAUACGGGCGUGUGAGGGAUUUGUUCAAGAGUGUGCCGGCUGAGGCAACUCAGAUGUUUUUCCGUGCUCGCUUACGUGAACGCGCCACUCUCGUCUUCCAGCACGCACGCGCGUAUAAUUUCCUUCCACUUACCGAACGUCAUCCCCGUGAACCCCCAAGGGUGUACAUUGGGCACAGCAUGAGCGAACUGUCCAACAUCAGGCAGAACUGGAUAGUGCCAAUGCAGACACGUACCGACGAGGUCUGGACGACUGCAGACUUCUUCGCCACCAUCUAUCGCCGCAAUGGCGUGAACCCUGCCAAAAUCCGCGUUGUACCGGAGCCUGUUGACGUGUACGAGUACGACCCGGCCAACUACGUACGUCAGCCAGCAAUGUAUAGCUGCCCGGAUAUAUCGUCGUGCGACAACCGACCGAACUUGACCAGAGAGGAGCGUCUGCAGCGGUACGUGUUCUUCUCGAACUUCAAGUGGGAAGACCGCAAGGGAUGGGACGUGCUUCUGAAGGCGUACUGGGACGCGUUCGGCCUUUCUGCCCCGCCGGAGCUGCGUGAGCGCACGACGCUGGUGAUCAAGACACAGAUAUCUAAGAAGUAUUCCCCCUAUUUAUCCAAAUAUUCGAUCCUACACUUCAUCGAGACAUGGGGGCGCAGCGGUGCAUUGCCGGGGUUGAGGUCCAUAGCGGACUUUCCUCACAUUGUCGUUGUCGAAGGCAAAUUAAGCGGAACCGAAAUUGCCCAGAUGUACGCCAAUGCGGAUGCCUUUGUGUACCCAACGAAGGCAGAGGGAUGGGGGCUGCCUGCUGCGGAAGCGAUGGCGAUGGGGCUGCCAGUGCUCAUCACGGAGUGGAGUGGGCCACUGCGGAUGAUGGAGCGUGACUCUUGCUUCCGCAUUCCCGUUGACGGGCUUGAGGAAAUCUUGCUGAACUCGCCCUACGGGUACGCGGAAGGUAUGAAGAUGGCUAUGCCGAGUGUUGAAAAGACCGCAGAGCUGAUGCAGUACGUCGUGAAGCACCCGGAGCAUGCGCAGCGUGUUGGUCAUCGCGCGCGUGAGUACGCUGUGCGUGAGCUGAGCGAGGAGGCCGUUGCAGACAGGAUGGAUCGCCUGUUUGUCCGUUCUGUGAUUCGGAAGCUACGCGGAUGA